AUGCAACUUCACAAUCACUGUACACAAAGCCUUAACGGCAUCCCUCGAUGUGGAUUACUACCGCGGAUCAGAUACCAUCAUGUUCCAUAGAUACGAAAUGAAUAGUGCAACAGAAGAGGUAAGGGGUGAAUUAGAGUAGCAGAAAUCGAAAACAUCCUUCUACCUCCUUUGUUUCGUCGUUAUCUCGAAUGUAACAUUCUCAAAAGGUGCCAUCUCUAACAAAACUAAACUGAUAAAACUAUGCAUAUACAGAGACAUCCCCAUCAUGAACAGCCUCUCAUAUUCCAAAAGUUGAAUGUCCUGGCAGACAUGGCGUUCCAAGACAUGGGGGUGCUCCCAGCAAGAGAGGCGUUAUCAAGCAUAUUACACUGGAUUGCAAGUUAUCACAACUUGUUCACCGAACCGUGCUUCCGCUGUCAUCGACGAUUGCAGUUUGACUCGCCCCAUUACAAGUAUUUGCCUCCGAUGGUUCGAACGUGGAUUCGGAGAAAAGUAGAUUACAUGGAACCUGAUCGUGAAAUGCCUCAAGCCUAUACAACAGCUGGUAUCGCGUAUCACAUGCUCUGCUUUGUCGCAGCAACCAAAGUCGCGUCCAAGUUAGCCCAAUAAAGAGGAUUAUGUGUGGUUGUCGUACAAAAAGGGGUGGGAUUUAUGACAGGUUUGAAAGGCGGUGAGGUCGAAAGAGGGGCAGGGGCAUUGCAGAUGGACGUGUGAAAACAUAGGAGAAAA